AGGAGAAAAAAAGAUGUCAAGCUUGACAACAGAGAUUAACUUCACUGGUAUAUCUUAAACCCAACUGAUAUUGACACUUGACAGAAUGGACGAUAAUGAAAACCAAAAGUUCAGUGUUCAGCGCUGUGUUUACACUGAGCCAUUUAUUCAGCUGGUUCAUUAACCUGGAGGACAGAGUCCUGCAAAGGUUAUCAGGACAUUUUUUUUGUGAGAAGAACUGAAGCUUGUGGUGUUCUGGAAUGAUGAAGAGUGUAUCUUUGGCUUUCGUCGCCCUGCUUCCAUUAGCUUUUGGUUCAGAGCUGACAGGACUGUUUGGGAGCUUCACAUCACCAAACUUUCCAAACGUCUACCCUAACCACCAGCAUAUGGUGUGGAAUAUCACAGGACCAGAAGGACACAGGUUGCGCCUCUACUUCACUUAUUUUAGCCUGGAGCCUUCUCAUCGCUGCGAAUAUGACUAUGUUCAGGUGUUAUCAGAAGGAAAUGAGACGGUCCGGUUCUGUGGCGAAACGGAGUCAAAUUACGGUGAUGCUCCCAAAAACACUGUCAUCUAUUCUGCCAGCAACACCAUGGACGUGCUCUUCAGAUCAGAUUACUCCAAUGAGGGCCGUUUCACAGGCUUCCAGGCAUUUUUUUCUGCUGAAGACAUUGAUGAGUGCCUGAGCACUAUGGAUGGAGAGCCUGUGUGUGACCAUAAUUGCCAUAAUUAUGUGGGGGGAUUUUACUGCACUUGUCGACUGGGAUACCAACUCCACGACGAUAAGAGACACUGCCCUGUGGGUGUGAAAAUGCUUUUUCCCAAUGUAGCUGAGUGUAGUGGGCAGGUGUUUCAGGAGAGGUCAGGAGAACUGAGCAGUCCAGAGUACCCAGGUGUUUAUCCCAAGAUGAGCCAUUGUGAUUACACCAUCAGUUUGAUGGAAGGCUUCCAAGUGACCCUGAAGUUCCAAGACCUGUUUGAUGUGGAGACUCAUCCUGAAAUCCACUGCCCUUAUGACAUCCUUAAGAUCACUGCUGGUGGAAGGGAGUACGGCCCAUUUUGUGGCAGGACCCCACCGAGAGAAAUUGAGACAGGAACUCACAAAGUGCAUGUGACCUUUCGCUCAGACGGUUCUGGGAAAAACAAAGGCUGGAAGAUCAAGUAUACCAGCACAGCCCAACCAUGCCCAAACCCUGUGACUCCUCGACAUGGACAUGUCCAGCCCCAGCAGUCUCAGUACAUCAUGACAGACACCUUCAAUGUCACCUGUCAUCUGGGCUAUGAAUUAAUUCUGGGGGAGGAAGCUUUGCCCUUUUAUCAAGCCACAUGCCUGAAGGGUGGAUUUUGGAAUGGACCACUGCCUGACUGCAUCAUUGUUGAUUGUGGAAAGCCUCCAGAAGUGCAUAAUGCAAGUGUGGAAUUCACCAAGACCACAUAUAAAUCCGUGAUCAAGUAUUCCUGUGAUGAAUUCUACGCAAUUGAGGCGGGAACAAAUGGAGUCUAUACCUGUGCACAUGACGGCUACUGGAGAGAUGCCCUGGGCGGAAAAAUAUUCCAGAUAUGUUCACCAAUUUGUGGACAGCCUGAGAAAAAGCUUUCCAAGGUGAUUGGCGGGGAGAAUGCAGAAAAGAACGAGAUUCCCUGGCAGGUCAUGAUACGAAUGGGUCCCAGGUUCAUCGGUGGUGGUUCUCUCGUGUCAGACAACUGGGUCCUCACUGCUGCUCAUGUCCUGAAAACCUAUACAGACACUUCCCACCUGCAGCUGAAGAUGGGCACAGUCGAACACCAGGACAAUGAGGCAGUAGUCGGGAUUCCACAGAAAAUCUUUAUUCACCCUCAGUACCAUCACGAUAACGUUAAUUUCAACCACGACAUUGCUCUGAUCAAACUGGAGUAUAAGGUACCUGUCAGUAAAGCCGUCAUGCCUGUGUGUUUGCCUGGAAGGGAAGAGCGGUUUGUUUUGAAGGUUAAGGACAUCGGGAAAGUGUCUGGGUGGGGUGUGUGGAAUACAAACAGACCUGCAUUAUUUUCCAGUAAUCUCCAGUACAUACAUUUACCUGUCGCUGAUUUUGAGGACUGUAAGGCUAAAUAUGACUCCACAGUGACUGAUAAGGGGAAACUAGUAGUGACAGAGAACAUGAUAUGUGCUGGGUUUGCUCAGGGAGGAAAAGAUUCCUGUCAGGGGGACAGUGGAGGGCCCUAUGCAUUUUUUGACAGUCAGAGUAAAAGCUGGUUCAUAGGCGGUAUUGUGUCAUGGGGUCAUGGCUGCGCCAAGGCUGGGUAUUAUGGGGUUUAUACCAAAGUGAGUAAUUACCUUCCGUGGAUCGAAGAAAUCAUGUCAAAAAACAGUUGAAACAGUUUGAUAAGGCUUAUCUUUGGGCAAAUUAUUGUUAAUUAUUUUUAUCAUGACAAUACUGCAUGUAGCCUACAGUCAUUCACUUACUUUUUUUGGUUAUUAUUGUAUUAAUCUUGGUUUUGUACAGCACUUUGGUCGGCACUUGCUGUUUUUAAAAGUGCUAAAUAAAUAAACUAAACUGACA